UACUCGGUAGAUCAGUUAUCUGCACCACAAUAAUAAUAAUACACAAACUCUCUCUUUCUCUCUCUAUCUUUCUCUCUCUAUCUUUCUUAUUACAAUUCCGUUAUUGGCUUUGACGUCAUUAUUUGAAUUCUUAUCCAAUUCCGAAAUAUUAUUUUUCUUUUCUUUUCUCAUACUCUGAGAAUCUUGAUAUUCCCACUUCCUUCUUUAAUACUCUUGCUCUGUUCUAAUAAAUUUUGCUUCCACUGAUUUUUCCAUGAAAAUGAGAGAGAAAUGGUGUUAAAAGCUCCCGACAGCAACAAAAGAGUUUAAGUUAUGUCUUAAAAUUCACUCUCUCUCUCUCUCGUCUUCUUCUUUGGUUCUGUAAUAGUUAUAUGGAUUUAGCGUUAAGCAAAAAAGGUUUUAAUUUCGCUCUAAGAAACAAGAAGUGGAUUCUACUCGCAGCCACUGGCUAUGGCGCCUUUAAGGUUUAUCAUUCCCAGAAAAGGAAGCGAAUCUCUAAGCUCUUCACUCUCCUCUUCAAUCUCAUCGACGCAGCCUCUCAUUCCGCAGAAGCGGUUAGCGUAAUCGCCAAGGAUCUAACGGAGUUUCUCAGAUCCGAUUCCGACCAAAUCCCGAACAGCUUCAAACAGAUCUCCAAACUCGCCAAAUCCGACGAGCUCAAUUCCUCUUUGAUCGGACUCACUCAAGCCGUCACCGUCGGGUUGCUCAGAGGAUCCGGUAACGAUGAAUCCGGGUCGGGUUUCACGGACCGGGUUAUGGAUAAGCUGUUCACGAAGCCCGGUACGGGUUUCGCUUCGGCGAUCGUCGGAAGCUUCGCUAGAAACUUAGUCGUCGCGCUCUCCUCCGGCGAGUCUUCCAUCUUCUCUGAUUCGAAACUGCGCGACGCGGUUUGCUCCGAGGACGGGAGAAAGCUAAUCGGCGAUUGCGUUCAGCGUUUCGUCAGCACGGCGGUUUCGGUUUAUUUAGACGAGACGAGGGACGUCAACGUGUUCGACGAUUUGUUCGCCGGUUUAACCAACCCGAAACACGGAGACAAGGUUAAGCAAACGCUUGUAACGGUUUGUAACGGUGCGGUUGAAACGUUUGUGAGAGCGUCGAGAAGACAAGAACCGGGAUCGGACCGGUCGUUAUCUAAAACGAUGACCGUUGGAUUUAAACCGACGCCUACGUGGAUCGAUCGGGUUUCGUCGUCGCUGUCUGUACCGAGUAACCGGAAAUACGUGGUGGAUUUAACCGGGAGGGUGACGUUUGAGACGGUUAGGUCGUUGUUAGAGGUGUUGGUGGAGAGAGCGAAUGGUAAAGUGGAGAGUUACGUGGAGAAAGUUAGAGAGAGAGGGAACGAGACGAGGAGAUUCGUGAGAGUUAAAUCAUCUCUUCUACAUAGUUUAUGUUUGUCUAUGUGUUUACAGAUUGUUGAAGCUCCUUGGAUACUGACUCCAAGAAACUGAUCAGGCUUAAAGACAAGACCACAGUUUUUUUCUUCUUCUUUUUUUUUCUGUAAUUCUUGGAUUCAAUCAAAUUCGAUGUAAAAUUGCUUCUUUUUUCUUUAAUUGGAGAAGAAAAUGAUUUGUUUGUUUUGUUCUGGAUUUGGAUAUUUGGAUAAUGAUAGGCUUGGGACAUUAUUUGUUA